ACAUCGCCUAGUGGUUGCAAAGUUCGCACUGAGUCAGUUAGAAGUACAGUCAAGCAUCUCAACUGGCCUAUUCCUGACUGUAUUCGACCCGGAUCAUAUAAUAUCACUCUGUACGAGACUUCGCACAUAGCGGGAAGCCAGUUCUUUUCCAUUACACCAAUCCCGGCUACUAUCGAAAAUCCCUUGCCUUCCGGCCCUUGCUCACCCACCAAUGAAUUUUUCGCGGGGCCGCAGUCUUCGUCGCCACCGCCAGCGAACCCCUUCCUAAACACAAACGCUUUCAAUCAAAUUACCGGGAGUGUUGCGCUUUUUGCGACUCAGCAGACGUCAGUCGUGUCGUCUGCCAGCACGAGCUCCACAAGUGGCCCUGUGCCUCAAGCUAUGACAGUCACCCUCGGCGCUGCCGGCGCACAAUGGCCCAUGACUGUCAUGCCUCCCGACGGCUACGGCCCCGUCGUUCUUGAAACCUCCGGGUAUAACCCGACUGCCGUCGUUACGAUAACAGGCAUUGUCGAACCUGGUACCCCUACGCCCGGAGGAGGCAACGAGGGAACGGUGACUGUGGUCGUUACACCCACAUUCGCCCCGACGCCUAUCACGGUAGUCCUCGUUUCUAUGGACACGGAGACCGUGACGACUACGGUAUCAGGUGAAACAUCAGUAUUCACGACAACGUAA